AUGCAAUACCACCAGCCGUCGGGCUCGGGCUCUCUGCCCCCUCUCUACGCGCCCACCCCGCUGCUGCAGCCCGUGCACCCCACGCCCUUCUACAUCGAGGACAUCCUGGGCAGGGGUCCUCCGGGGCCGCCCCCGCCGCCCACUCUGCCCUCGCCCAACUCCUCCUUCACCAGCCUGGUGGCUUCCUACCGGACGCCCAUCUACGAGCCCACGCCGAUCCACCCGGCCUUCUCGCACCCGCUGGCCGCCGCCGCUGCCGCUGCAGCCACCUACGGGAGCGGGCCCUACGGCCCGGCCGCCGGGACGCCCCUCUACCCGUUUCCCCGGGCCGUCGGCGAUUACUCCCACGCGCUCCUCCGGCACGACCCGCUGG